AUGGCUGGGUCGGCGGUGGCGAUAUCAGAGACUGGAUAUAUCACAACCGAUGCCGAGUCGUCAGCCGUGGCUCUGGGCAAAGAUGUGAAUAUCGCUCAGCACUUGCUCGCCGACGAAGACGAUUCGAGCCUAUCAUCAGCCGGCACCGAAGUGUUCGACCGAAGUUCGAACGGGUCAUCAACAAAAGAAAAGUGGCAGCUUGAUGCCAAUGGCAAAUGGCAGCGAUAUGGCUCUUUGGACUCCGCUCCGAGCACGGGCAUAUCUUCAAUGUCCUCAUCUGUCGCCGCCGAAGAAAUUGUACUCAAUGCGGGAUCUUCUAAUACUCCGUCUCGGAAGCGUCUGGCGGAUGGCAGUAUCAAGCCGACAUCACCUCGACCUGCUCAGCUCCCAGAAGCUCCAAUCAAGAUCCCGAUAUUACCGGAGCAGCCAGUCGUCGACCCACAAGUACCUGUGAAGAGAAAACGUGGUCGACCUCGAAAACACCCACUCCCCGAACCAAAAGUACCUGCGCCUGGCGCCACAGCUACGACUGACCCGAAGCCAGCAGCACCAGCAGCAUCCACUGUUCCUCGUUCACCGAAAGUCGUCAAGCCACGAGUACAGGCAAAAGCCCGUUCGUCAAUACCAUCCCGCGUACCUGCCGACGUGUACGCUACCGAAUGUAUCGACGCAGCUUACGCUUCCAGGCUCGAUCCAUACGCUCUGCAUUCUGGUGAACACAAGCUUCUUGCCGACCUGCUGAUGUACAAAGAAAUCACAGUCUAUCUCAACAUUCGAAAUGCAAUACUCAGACUGUGGACGCAAAAUCCUAUGUGCACUAUCACCGCCGAGGAAGCUGCCGGAUGUGCGAGAGGAAGUCGGUUCUUUGGUCUUGCAGAAGUGGCCUAUAGGUGGUUGACAAGGAACGGAUAUAUCAAUUUUGGUUGUGUACAGGUGCAAAAGAAUCCGAAGAUACCCAAAAACUUCAGCAAAGACGCUCGGCAACGCACAGUGGUCGUGAUCGGCGCUGGCGUAUCCGGUCUGACCACAGCCCGACAGCUAGAAAGUCUCUUCAUUCAGGAAGCAUCGAAGUGGACAGACAUGGGCGAACGUCCACCUCGGGUCAUCGUCCUGGAAGGCAGAGAUCGAGUUGGCGGACGGGUGUACUCAAAGCCUUUGAGGAGUCAAGUAAAGAACAGCUUGCCGGAUGGCUUACGAAACACGGCAGAAAUGGGCGCCAUGAUCAUUACAGGGUUCGAACAUGGCAAUCCGCUUGAUAUAGUCAUACGUGGUCAGCUCGGGUUGCGAUACCACCUUAUGAAGGACGCGCUCACCAUCUACGACUGUGACGGCGAGGAAGUGGAAGAGGAGAGAGACACAUUGAACACCGAGCUGUACACGGACAUUUCGGAUCGUGCUGGAGAGUACAGAGCCGAGCCUCAAAAGCAGGAAACACUCAAAGGCGAUGAAGAACUGAUCAACAGAUGUCGUGACCCAGCUCCCGAUGGGUACUCAGCCUUUCAGCUCGAGCCAAUUCCGAUGGCACAGAUCAAGGCCCACAAACCGGCCGCUAGACGUGGACGCCGGCGUAACGCGCCUCCUGGCACCGAGAAGCUGACCGGCCGAAGUCAGGUCGCCGAAGAUAGCAGCGCGAUACACAGUGCUGCUCGAGCUGCUAAGAGCAUGGGAUGGGACAUCAAGGAUGGAGUCGCCCGCAACCAAAGCAUAUCCCUACACCGUAUCGCAAACAGCAGCCAUUAUCCGACACUGGGCACAGUCAUGGACGAGGCGAUCGUGCAGUAUCAGGAACUGCUCGAUUUCACUCCACUGGAUAUGCGACUUCUCAAUUGGCAUCAUGCAAAUCUCGAGUAUGCGAACGCAGCGCCGGUCUCGCAGCUCAGCCUGAGCGGUCACGACCAAGACACUGGUAACGAGUUUGAGGGUGCACACUCUGAAGUUAUCGGCGGCUAUACGCAGGUGCCUCGUGGUUUGGUGAAUUUACCAACGAAGCUCGAUGUACGCUUCAACCAUGUUGUCGAUAGCAUACAUUAUGACGAUGGCGAGGAAAGCCAUGAACGCCUUCCGACAAGGGUGGUAUGUACCAAUGGCGAAGUCAUUGAGGCUGAUCAAGUGGUCAUGACGGCGCCGUUGGGCGUACUGAAGUCAAACACCAUCGACUUUGACCCUCCGUUACCUAGGUGGAAACAAGGGGCGAUAAGUCGAAUGGGGUUUGGACUCCUCAACAAGGUCAUCUUGCUCUACGACGAGCCGUUCUGGGACGACGAUCGCGACAUGUUUGGCCUGCUGAACGACCCUGAGCAACAAGGGAGCCUGGAGCCGUCCGACUACGAACGAAGGAGAGGGCGGUUUUACCUCAUCUGGAACGCUACCAAGAUCAGCGGCCGACCAAUGCUCAUCGCCCUCAUGGCUGGCAAUGCUGCACACGACGCCGAAUGGACAGAAACUAGCAUUCUGAUGAACGAAGUCACAGCAAGACUGCGCACUGUCUUCACCACAAAGCCAGUGCCUGCGCCACUUGAGUGCAUUGUUACGAGGUGGAGAAGAGACCCUUUCGCAAGAGGUACAUACUCAUACGUGGCACCUGAGACACGUCCUGGGGACUAUGACACGAUGGCCAAACCAGUGGGCAAUUUGCACUUCGCUGGCGAGGCUACGUGCGGCACACAUCCUGCCACAGUCCAUGGAGCACUCUUGUCAGGCCUUCGUGUCGCUUCGGAUGUCAUCGACCACAUGGCUGGCGUGAUCAAGCUACCAAGUCCACUCGUUGGACCAGGCCCGAUCAAGCAGGAAGCAAAGAUGGAGUAUGCCGCGCAUGCGCAGUCAAAUGCUCCGCAGCAGCCAUCUCUACAACAAGCAACUGGCACGAUACCUUCAGUGAGCAUCAGCCAAACCACUACUGUGCAAGUGAACCUCCCAGAAGGGGUUCCGGCGAUCAAGCAAGAGGAAGAUGCGACGCAACUGGCGAAUGUUCCGACAUUCCAACCUACCGCAACACCGACAGCGAAGAGUCCUGGCUGGGUCAUGAAGCCAGCUGGACCACCAGCGAAGAGCGUUUGUGCUUCUGAUCCGUCGUACUGGGUGGCUCCAUCAUUUGAUGGCUCCGACCUCGAUUACGAAGCCGCAAUCUUCGCAACUCUCCUCGGCCAAAUCGGCGAGCGUCCCACCAAGCCCGGUCGUCCCAACGUAAAUCCCUUCAUCCAGUACACCAAAGACAAAUGGGAGGAAUGUGCAGCGUUCUGCGCGAAACAGUACGCCAACGUAUCGAACCAACGCAACAUUGUAAGGACUACCCUCGGAAAGUGGUGGAAAGCCGCGGACGAUGCGACGAAGCAGCCAUACCUGGUACAGAGCCAGACUGCACAAGAGUUGGCAGAUUCUUUGCGAAGGGAUUGGGAUGCCAAGGCUGCCCAGUGGGACAUAGAUGCAAAGAGAAUAAAAGAGGAGUAUAUGCGCGAGCAUCCACCGCCGAAGAGCUAUGGCAAGGGCGAUAGCAACGGCGUGUCGAAGAGAAAGACCAAUGUGUCCAACUGUGUUGUCCUGGACCAUAUUUAG